AUGGCUAAGGGUAAAGAUGUCAGAGACUUGGUUAUUUUGGAAUGUACCAAUUGUGCCCGAAACGAUGUUAAUAAAGAAAAAGAAUCACCGGCGGGGAUUUCCAGAUAUAUUACUCAAAAGAAUCGACAAAACACACCUAGUCGAUUGGAAUUGAGAAAAUUUUGUCCCUAUUGUCUCAAACAUACGAUUCACGGUGAGAUAAAGAAAUAG